CUCUAUCAGGCUUAAUUUUGGGUGGAUUGUGUUGUUUCUGAGAUAUGGAGCAAGUUCUCGUCUGGCCAAGCUGCUUCCAUCAUCGGCUUUUCUCUUUCCAAGAAGCGCUUGAUUGGCGGUUUCUUCUUCGUUCUGAUUUCCUUGUUGGCUCUUUCGUUAACUGCACUUAGUUCUCAAACUCUCUCCUAUCAUCUUUAGGGAAGGCAAAUUUCUGAGACUGGGUUGAAGUCUGCAAAUUCUUGCUUCGCAUAGUCCUAAAGAAACCUCUUUAUCUGCCCCCUGCAGACAAAGCUCUGUUAGCCCCCUCUUCCAUUUCUUGUUCUUAUGGGCACUGGUUGAAGAAGAAUAUAUCAGUUUCGUUUUCAAGUUUACAUGAUGCUAUUUUCUUGAGUCUUAACCCCUGAGUCAGUUGUUGUGAGCUUCGGGUUCUUCCUGUCAGCCAACACAUUCUUUCUUGUUGGUUCCUUUGAGUUCCUCAGUAUGUGUUUUCCUCUUCUCUUGCUGUCUUUCUUUUCCCUUAAUGGUCAACCCCUUGGUUCUCAAAGUAAAUAACGGUCAGUCUACCCAGCUGGAGAAUCAUUGAUUUAACUGCUUUGGUGUCCAGUCCUUGCUACGAACUACUGGAAGAUUAAUGCUAUAUAAAUCUUUCAGAAGUUCUUUACAUACAUAAAAAAAUAAAAUAAAGAGGUUACUUUGCUUUACCGUAAAGAAUAUGGACAGGUACAAGUUAAUAAAAGAGGUUGGUGAUGGAACUUUUGGUACUGUUUGGCGAGCUAUCAAUAAGCAGACGGGUGAAGUUGUUGCAAUUAAGAAAAUGAAAAAGAAAUACUACUCAUGGGAAGAAUGUAUUAAUCUGAGAGAAGUGAAGUCGCUUAGGAGGAUGAAUCAUCCAAACAUCGUGAAGCUGAAGGAAGUCAUCCGGGAACAUGAUAUCCUAUACUUUGUCUUUGAGUACAUGGAGUGCAAUCUUUAUCAGCUUAUGAAGGAUCGAAAAAAGCUUUUCGCAGAAGCUGAUAUUAGAAACUGGUGCUUUCAAGUCUUACAAGGCCUUUCUUAUAUGCAUCAGCGUGGUUACUUCCACCGCGAUCUUAAGCCAGAAAAUCUAUUGGUCUCUAAAGACAUCAUCAAGAUUGCUGAUUUUGGUCUGGCAAGGGAGGUUAAUUCGAGUCCACCUUUUACCGAGUAUGUUUCUACACGCUGGUAUAGGGCACCCGAAGUACUCCUUCAGUCAUAUGUAUACACAUCAAAAGUUGAUAUGUGGGCGAUGGGAGCUAUUAUGUCUGAGCUGUUGUCUCUGCGUCCUAUAUUUCCAGGGGCUAGUGAAGCAGAUGAAAUCUACAAAAUCUGUGAUGUCAUAGGCAGUCCAACUGAAGAGACCUGGUUAGAGGGACUUAAUCUUGCUAACACCAUAAACUAUCAAUUCCCUCAGCUUUCUGGUGUGCCUCUUUCAAGCUUGAUGCCAUCUGCUAGUAAAGAUGCAAUUAAUCUUAUUACGCGGCUUUGCUCCUGGGAUCCAUGCAACAGACCGACUGCUGAAGAGGCCCUGCAGCACCCGUUCUUUCAGAGUUGCUUUUAUGUCCCACCAUCUCUCCGACCCAAGCCAUCUGUUGCAAGAACUCCGCCUGUUGGACCAAGGGGAUCAUUCGAGCAGCAACCAGUUAAACGGCAACCAGUGUCUCUUGCCAAAGCUAAGACAUUCAACAGCCAUUCUACUCCAAAGUCGAAUACUGCUUUUGGUAGUGGUGUUCAGAGGAAACUCGAUUUGGCUAAGCAAGAUGCUACGAGAAACACUAAGCCGGUGAGAAGUUCCGUCAAAGACUCCAUAUACAGACCACCCGGAAGAAAGAGUCCUUGUUCAUCGGUGAACAAGAACCGUGUCGCUCGUGGUGUAUCUGAAACUGCUGAUAAGAUCUCGAACAUGAGCAUCAGAGGAACCGUGUCUAGAAGACACUCAGUGUCUGUGAUGCAGCAACAGCAGCUGAAGCCGCCGCAGAUGAAGGCAGGAUGUGUAGGAGAAACACGUAACAUGUUCAUUAGACCAACACAACCCACCACCAACGCCUACUCUAGGAAAGUCGCCGGCUGACCCAAAAAAAAAAACCUCAAACACAAGCCUCUUCUGAAGAAUACUCUUUACUAUAAAUAUCUUUACUCUAUACUCUGGUUUGUCCAUAAAAUCAAAUACCUUAAUGUCUUUUCAGUUACACGACGGUCUAUGUCGUCUGCAGCCCUUGUUUCAUUUUCUUUUCAUGCUUUCGGUCGUGUGAUGGUUUGUAUUAUGAGUAGCGAUUAACUUGGUGGUUUGCAAUAAAGUUCGACUUGGGUA